AUGCAGCGCUGCUCAAUUAGCGCCGGCUCCUCAUUAACCCUCUGCUCCCACGGCAACGAGGACACCAUCCGGGAGAUGCUGCGCAUCAAGCGCAGCGUGCAGGCCACCUACAACACCCAGGUGAACUUCAUGGCCUCGCAGAUGCUCAAGGUGUCGGGCAGCGCCACCGGCACAGUGUCAGACCUGGCCCCGGGGCAGAGCGGCCUGGACGAGAUGAAGCUGCUGGAGCAGCGCGCCGAGGCGCUGGCGGCCGAGGCCCAGCGGGACACGCCCCGCCCCGCCCAGCAGGUGCUGUUCGUCAGGUGAGCCCCACCCACUGACACCCCCACCUAACCCUGCCACACCCCCUGACACACCCACUGACACACCCACCCUGCACUGACACACC